AUGGGAAACUGUGGUAGCCGCGAGGUACCUGCGGUCGCGGUCCCGGAGCGCACCGCCCUGGCGCCCUCGCGCCCAAAGACGAGCGCCAACGCCUCGACGAGGGCGCGCUCCUCCUCCUCGUCCAGCCGCGCAAGCGUUGGCAAGGUGGCCGCGGCGGGCGAGCCAGGCCGCAGCGAGGAGGAGUGGAGGGAGGUGAUCCGGGCGGAGGACCUUGCCGCCUUUGGCUCCAACGAGCCCGGCUCGGCUGCUGCCGCCGCCCACUCGGCGCAGCUCGGCGUGACGAUUGAGUAUCUGCUCGAGUUUACGCGUGAGCACAACUGCUGGCAUUUUCCGACGUGGAAGGUGGUGACGGACAUCAUCAAGCCGGCGACACGCGCGCGGCGGCAGCGUUUCGCCGAGCUGGAUGCGGUGCAGGCCACCGGCGCCGUCGGUCGCGCGGACACGUUUGCGUCGCACUGCUGGGGAGCGCUGUGGGGCUUGCUGGUCGCGUCGCUGGCGGAUCAGGCAGACGUGCGGCGGCGGGUGUGGGUGGACGUGUUCGCGGUGCGGCAGUGGGCUGGGAACGAGGCGGACCACGCCUACGACGCGGUGGUGCCGCACUGCACCUCCUUCGCCAUCUGCUGCCAGGCAUCAUGA